CCUUGCCGAGCCGCCGUAGAGAUGGGAGAUAACAUGUCCAAGCGACUGAAGCUGAUCUCGGGUACAGACGCAGAGAUGGAGGAGCGCUCUUUUUCAAACCCAUAUCCCGACUGGGACCAAGGAGUCCUCACCUCCAACUCUGGAGCGGAUGUAGAUUGCAAUGACCCCCUUGAUUCGGAAGGAAAGGUUAGCACAUACUUUCAGAAGAAGGUCCAGAGUAAGAUCAAAGAUCUCCUCCAGCAGAUGGAGGAAGGCCUAAAGACAGCCGACCCCCAUGACUUCUCCACCUACACCGGCUGGACAGGCAUUGCAUUGCUGUACCUUCAACUGCACCGGGUCUCAAAUGAGGCCUCCUACCUGCAUAGAGCCCUAGACUAUGUAAAGAGGACCAUGAGGAUCCUGAAUGGGCGCAAAGUGACAUUUCUAUGUGGUGACGCGGGGCCUCUGGCAGUGGGUGCGGUGGUCCACCACAAACUGGAUAACACGACUGACAGCAAAGAGUGUCUGUCCAGGCUUCUUCAGCUUCAGCGGUCUGUGCUGAGCUCAGACUCUGAUAUACCAGAUGAGCUGCUGUAUGGUCGUGCUGGAUACCUGUAUGCUUUGCUGUACGUUAACAAAGAGAUCGGCACUGACGCUGUGGAUGACGACACCAUUACAAAGGUGAGACUUGCACAUGUCAUAUGUGCUUUUUCAGAUUAGGGAUGCACCAAUCAAACCUUCUCCACUUUAAAUCACAGAUAGAAAGAUAGUAGCCACUAUUUUUAAUAAUGAUAAAGACAUG